UGUUAGCCUGGUUGGAUGCAGGGAUUUUCUGGAUCCUACCUUACAUGGAGGCAGGCAGAUAACGCGAGCGCUGUGUGGGAAAUAAUCAUGGAUGUUGCAUUGAAUGAUAUCUGAACACAACGGUGCUUUCCCGUUGAAAAAUACCAAGUGGGCUCGCUGUGUGAACGACGGGAUUUUCUCCCUCGGACGACUGGACUGGUCUCCAAAAUCAAGUUGCUGUAGUGGAGAGGAAGCUAGCUGUCAAGACAGCCACAUCAGCACCGCUGAUACUAGCCAACUACAUUAGCAUCAGUAUUUCAUUAUGGCUGACAGUAUCAUGAGUAAGGCUGCAACCAUGGAGAUCCCCAUUAACAGCAAUGGAGACACAGGGACUCUGCCUGAGGAUGACAGCCUGGAGCAGGAUUUGCAGCAAGUCAUGGUGUCAGGACCCAACCUGAAUGAAACCAGCAUCGUCUCAGGAGGUUAUGGAGGCCCUGCAGGGGGCAUCAUUCCUACCAGCAGCAUCAAAGGCCCUGCAGUUCGCUUCAACCCUGAGUAUCUGGACAGAAGACGAGCCCCUGCACCAGGACCAGACAUUCGCAUGAAAUCCAGGGGUGUUAGCUUGCCUAACAGCCAGUCUGCAGCCGGUCGACUUUCCCAACAGGCAGACCAGCAUCCAGGAUCAUCGAACCAUAACUUGAGUAAUUCAACUGAGGAAGUUUCUCGGGGUGUCGCUGUUGAGAAGUUGGACAGUGUAAAGAAAUGGGGCAUAAACACAUAUAAGUGUACAAAGCAGAUGUUCUCCGAGAGGUUUGGGCGAGGCUCCCGAACAGUCGACCUGGAGCUGGAGGCUCAGAUUGACUUGUUAAGAGACACCAAGAGCAAGUACGAAAACAUCCUGAGACUGGCCACUGCACUCAUCACUCAUUUUCAAAGCAUGGUGGAGACUCAACAGGCUCUGGGCGACACCUUCACUGACCUCAGCCAGAAGUCCCCUGAGCUGCAGGAUGAGUUCGGGUACAACGCAGAAACACAAAAGCUGUUGUGUAAGAAUGGUGAGGCUCUGCUCGGUGCCAUUAGCUUCUUCGUGUCAAGCAUCGACACCUUGGUCAACAAAACAAUGGACGAUACGCUGAUGACCAUCAGGCAUUAUGAAAACGCAAGACUAGAGUUUGAUGCCUAUCGGUCUGAUAUGGAGGAGCUGAGUUUGGGCCCGAGGGAUGCGGCUACCAUGGUCCGCAUCGAAAUGGCUCAGCAUGACUAUCAGAUCCACAGAGACAAAUUUGAAAGGCUGCGUAGUGAUGUCACCAUCAAGCUCAAAUUUCUGGAGGAAAAUAAGGUGAAGGUGAUGCACAAGCAGCUGCUUCUCUUCCACAAUGCUAUCUCAGCUUAUUUUGCUGGCAACCAGCAGCAGUUGGAACAAACUCUCAUACAGUUCAACGUGAAGUUAAAGCCGCCAGGAUCAGACAAGCCGUCCUGGCUGGAGGAGCAGUAGUGAAGACGUGCAAGGUUCAGCCGUUUGAGAUAUACAGAGACACAUUGAUCAGUGACCAUUGUGGUUAGAGGGACAAGGAUUAAACCCAUAAAGGAAGAUACUGUAGGAUCAGUAGCUGCCAGUGAUAAAAGAAAAAAACAUGACCCAUCCCUUUUAUAAUGUUUUUCAGUAUCACUUAUUACAUAGAUGUAACAACAUUUUUGGUUAUGAGAUGUUUUUGUUAGUCACACAUGUACUUUUUAUUACUUUCUUUAGGCAAAGCACCCGUUUAUAAGAUAUCACUUCUUAUUUAUGUACAGUGUCGUCUUCUAUUUCUGUAGAAACCCUCGGCAGUUUUGCACAUGAAUUAUGUUGUUGUUGUUUUUUUAUGUGUUAAAAAGUGUUAUCUAUAAUAUAUACUGAGUGCAUCACAUUGGAGGAAUUCAAGGAAUGUCAAACAUGUCAUGAAAUCGCCUCAGAAAUGUCUGUUAUUUCUGAGGUUGCAUGUCUGAACCAUUUCCUCUAAAUUAAAUCAAGAUCAGAUCGUCAGACAAUCUUCCAAAGUUAAGCAGAUUUCAUUAUUGCUUUGUUGAAGAUCUGUCUGAAUGGCCAGUUUCGGCUUGACAUGGCCAGAGGGAAAUAUAUCAAGUGUGAAUGUAAGGAUUUUCUCAUCAGAUAUGUUCUUACUGAUAAUCAAGCACAGGCACCACUAUGUGUCUGGUGGACUUCAGAGUUUACAAAUGGAAAUAAGCCUCAACAGGAGAUGCCACACUUCUGUUCGACAUCGAUCCAUGGUAGGGAUGCUUUGGUGACACAUUCAGUAAUUUAAUUAUCAUGAAACAAAUCAAUAAAUCAAACUGCAUUACAUAUCGAAAGUUUAAAUGACGGGAAAAUUACAAAUUCCUGUGAGACUCAUUUCUGACGUCUUUUUUUUUUUUUUACUUAACGGUGAAAGGAAAUUCUGAACACGACACCACAUCCAGUCUACGUUACAUUAUAAGUCUCAGCGUCUCCUCAAGUGCAGAAUGUAAGAGUAUAUUUAUUUACCAAUCUGUUAAUAAUGUCAUAUUUCUUUGUCCAUUCCUCUUCAGUUGUUGUCAUCUGAUUGUCCUUGUCUUGUUCUGCAUUUCCAAUAAAGUGCUGGAUGUUGUUUUCCCCUGACUGUGCAGCUGACACAGAUCUCAGUUGGAGAAUUGAUGCGCUCACAGAUUAUGUACAGAAAGCUCACAAUAUAUGUCAAAUGUAUGGCACCAGUAUGUACAUGAAAAUACAACGAUAUAUCUCUAA